UUACACUUCCUCUCUCUUGAUCUCAUGUGGGAUUACUGUUUGUGUAUAGAGGAUUACGGACGGAAACAGUUCAUGCGUUUUGUGUGCACAUCACUGCUUUAGUUCAGUCGGAUAUUUCGACCCUCAGUCUUCACCUCUCCGCUUUAUUUCGCCUGCAUUAUGGCCGACAACAUACCACAGCUGAUCAAAAUAGGUGUUUCAUUGAAAACGACUCCGAAUAAUGGACCCGUUUACUUCAAGUCUGACGGGACGAGAUUCGGGCAGAGCAGAACCAUCAAAUUAUUGACCGGAACCAAAUACAAGAUCGAUGUAGUCGUUAAACCGGGAGCCGUACAGGCGACAUCUAUGACUGUUGGUGGGGUGACUUUUCCUUUGGAGCAGCAGUCUAAAGAUCCUCAGUCUGUAGUAUACACUGGAAUGUAUGACACUGAGGGAGUAGCACACACCAAAAGUGGGGAGAGACAGACUGUUCAAGUCAAUAUACAGUUUUCUCAGGCAGGCCUUUUUGAGACCGUCUGGCAGGUCAAGUUCUACAACUACAACAAAAGAGACCACUGCCAGUGGGGAAACAGCUUUAACAGCAUCGAGUACGAGUGCAAACCAAAUGACACACGCACCCUUAUGUGGAUAAAUAAAGAACUGUUUCUGUAAAAGAUGUUUAGACGUAAAGAUUGUGGGCUGGUUCCAAAAUUAACAGCAUUUGUCACAACUUCUAACAACUUCUCCAGAACUAUGUGUGUCGACACGUACAUGUGUGAAAUUUGUUUCACAGUAAGCAACCAUGUCUUAAAGGCGGGGUAACCGAUUUCCGAAUUACGCUUUACACAACUGAGUCAGGCCGAGUACCAAAACAACCUUGUAACCAAUCAGCAGUAAGGUGCACAGUGCACAGGACGGACAUUAGCCGAGCGCUGACGAAAGCGAAAGAUGAGGGUAGGGGUGUGUUUGAUUUGGUGAUUUGAACAUCAACAACGGCUAAGAGAAAUCGGACACCCCGCCUUUCAUCAUGAUGGAUUUUCUGUGUCUGAAACAGAAACCACAAUGCUGAAUCACAGAAAUCUUUGUUUUUUAAAUGAAUCAGUGGCUCCUGGUAGUGUAAGGGUGCACCCAUUCCUGUUUAAAUUGUGUAUGUAGAAUGUAGGAGUUUUGUUGAAACUGUCUUGGUGCUGCAGGAAAAAAAAUAACCAAUGCAACAUGGUCACAUGGUCACACUUUACCUUGUUGUAGUGUUGUCUGUUGUUUGUGUUUCCAGUUGUCUACCUCUGAAAACCCUGUGAAGAUGAUGUUUACUUUUACACAUUUUAUAACAGAAGCACAAUAAUACAAGUUGUUAAUUACAGGAUCAAGGAAAUGUGACCCAAAAUGAAAAUACGUUCUAUAGUCUCUUUUAUAAUGAAGUACUAUAAAGAUGGAUUGUGAUAUAUGUGCAAUAAGUUGUAUAAGAUGUAUUUUUCCACUUGUUUUUGUAUUUUCCAGAAUUGUAUAUACUAUUGUAUAUUGUUUAUUUGAUCAAUCAAAACAAUAAAAUAU